AUGUCAGCAAUAAGACUCGGCCCACGGAAUCUACUCGAGUUCAACGCGAGAUACGGCGUGCUCAUCUGUCGAGAAUGCCAGUACGGCAUUCAGAAAAACGCCCUGCAAAGCCACUUGCUCCGACACAAGAUCUAUCGUGAGGAAAGACAACGAUUACUGUCAUAUAUUUCUGAACUCUACCUGUUCGAGCCCGAGGAUGUACCUCUGCCCACCCCAGCGUCUCCACCCGUCGACGGUCUGCCCAUCAUAUCCGGCUAUCGCUGUACCAGGUGUGGAAAUCUCUGUGCCAGCUCCAAGCGCAUGAGACGCCACUGGAGCGAAAUCCAUGGCCUUAACAAUCCUCCAAAGUCCUCGUUCGCCCGCCCUGCCAAACUUCAGACAUUCUUCCGCGGGACCAAGCUUCGCUAUUUCGAGGUUACGUCACCGGCCUCCCCCACUACUAUUAAUGAAGAUAAUGACCCAAAUCAUACAAAUAAUGAUAAUGAUGCUGACGACGAUGAUCUCCGCGCUAAUGAUGAGGAGUAUAUUACGGAUACUCAACCGUCGUUGCUAUCUCAUGUACCAACACCCCGGGAAGCUCCAGGACCUUCUCCAGUUCACCUUGACCUGGAAACGCUGUCUUAUUUUUACCAUUUUACAACCACGACAAGACUCACGCUUCCUUCUAGCAUCAAUGUCCAACAAUCGGUAGCACACUACUGGCAAAUAGACAUUGUUCUUCAAGCCCUCCAGCGACAAUGGCUGAUGUGCGGUCUAUUAGCUGUUUCCGCGUGUCAUUUGGCCUCACUCGCGGACGACACGACAAUCGCCCACGUCCAUCAAAGGAGAUCGACGCAAUUUUUUGCUGAAUUCUCUGCCGGUUUCGAGACGCCAAAUAAUGAUAUCGACCUUGGGGUUGACGAGGAGGUUUGGAAAAUAAGCUGGCAACUAAGAUGCGUGCUACGUUGUGCACACUGGGCAUGGACCAAAUCCGCAUAUGAUGAAGUGGUCAUCCCCGAGCUGGUGGCUCCUUCUGACCUACAGUCCAUCAUAACGACCAUUCGGAGCCUAAUGGUCUCUGAACAUAGCAUCCAAGAUAUGGAAGACAAUGGCAAAUCAACUUCUAGAUCAAUAGAUACUGGAAACUUCGGUGCAUUUCCCUCCUCUGGCAAGACACCCUCAAGCAUAUUCAACGUCCUUCGGGUGCUCCCUUCUCGCAUGGCAGAGAGAUUGGGAAAACCAGAGAAUGUGCAGGACGUUUUGGUCACGCUCUCAGCAACUGCAGUUCUAGCUGAAUGCUGUAACAUUAGCUUCGCGUCUGAUGAUGUGGCAGCGGCGUGUGAGGCUAUGGCGAUAUGGUUGAUCAAGAUUCCAGAAUACUUUCACGAUAUGGUUUUACGCCAAAGCCCAGCUGCUCUUGUUGUGCUAGCCCAUUGGGCAGCAUUGUUGGUCAAGCGAGCCGAGGAUUGCGGUUGCUGGUUCUUGAGGGGUUCGGCAAAGGCAAUCCAGUUGCAGAUUGAAGAACGCCUACCGGUAGAUGACUACGCCGUUCAGGGUCUGGUUAUAGGCCUGACGGAUAAAAUUUGA